AUGUUGUUUCCCCUUCUGCUGCUAGUGGGCUCUGCGCUGGCAGGCAGAAUCCGCCCUUUCCCAGAUCCAGAAGACGAUAUAUCCAAGCUGCCCGUGUACGCACGUAACGACGCCGUCCCACUUCAGUGCAAUGCAAGGCAAAUCGACAACGGAGAGCAUAAGUUCGACUCACAGGGAAACGUGGUCUACGCAGACUUUCUCAAGUGCCAGGAGACAGCCAAGCCGCUGGCAUUGAAAUAUGGCCUCGACGAACAGAUUGAGUGCACCGUCAAAUUUGAGGACGAAAUAUACCACUUAUUCCAAUUAUAUCUACAUAACGACGCUCCGUUCUCGUGCAAGGUGGACGUCAAACCGAAAUCUGGCGUUGGGGUACCGAUCGUGUUCCAAUUCCGUGGCGUGGUGGAGGAGUCGCACUUCGAUCUGGACCCAAACGUCAACGUGCUUUUUAUGACAAAAGACAACCAAAUAGUGUCUGGAACGGCUUGGUCCAGCUCUCUCAACACCACAAAGGUCAUCAUCGGCGACUCUGUGCCACUCAAAUUCGACGUCAAAUGGCUCGGCAAUGGAAAUAAGGACACCGACGCCUCUGGAAUGACCUUUGUCCGGUUCCCAAAGCACCACAGCCCGCUUAUCAUCGCCACGUAUUGCGCCGGGUCGCUCGUUGUUGGGGCCGUCGUGGCCAUUGGCCUUGGAUACAAACGGAUCUCGAAAAAAAUCCAGCUCAGCGACCUAAAUAAGGUGGAUUGAUUAUUUCAGCUUCUUCACAAGCAGCGUCAGGAUCUGUUUCACCUCGCCGUCAGCCCUGCUCAGGUACUGCUGCGUGAUGUAGUCGGUGUAGAGAUGUUUCACCUCGUCUUUCACGGCCGCCUCCACUUUGGCCCGCGUAGCCCACGACUGGUAUGUCUUGACGGAACUCUGCAGCGUGUUCACAAACUCGGCGUCUCCCAACUGCACGUACCGCAGCGGCAGCGACAGCUGCAACAGAAUCACCUUUGGCACGUGACCGUGAUCAUGUGCCAGCCACUCGACAACGUGGUUUGCCAGGUACAGCCUGUCGAGGGUGUCGUAGUUGUCGAUCAGGGCGAGCACUCUGGUGCAGAAGUCCCACACCUUGGCAAACUUGUCCUCGGACAGUUGGACGUUUUUCUGGAUCGCGUGCACGGCAACGUCAAAGAUGGCCAGCACGAGGUCUCCCUUUAGCACUGGGUUGGUUUCUGCGGUUCCCAGCACGUCGAUGUUCAUUUCUGGCAGUUUAUUGAGCUCGUCGUUGAGCUCUGUGUCGGGAAUGAGGCUGAUCAUGUCGUCUCCGUCGAAAUUGCCUGCCUCGUUUUCUUUCAAGUCCUGGAUCUGCUGCUGUUCGGUAAUGAUCUUGAGCAGUUUUCUUCUGAGUAGCAGUUUGGAUAAGUACGUCAGUUCCAGCUUAAUGAAUUCCUGCCAGACCUCGCUGCUCUCUGGGUUGAAUCUCACACAUCUUUUGAACAGGUUUCUGGCGGACUUGACGUUUCUGUUCUGUUCAAAUUCGUAGCUGGCAGCAGAAAACCAGACGUUGAUGUUUUUCGGCUGUAAUUGUAGCAAUUUGGAGUAGAUCGAGUAAACCACCUUGACAGAGCCGUUUUUGCGGGCAAACUUGAGGUACGACGACCAUAGAUCCAUGCUUUUGGGGAACUUGUUGACUCCGCGCUCGAAAAUGAAGAAAAUCCGCCGACUGGACGCCCAGUCCGACACAGACGGUUUCGUGUCAAUUAGCGGCUUCAUUCUAUUGUAACGUUUGCGUCUCAGCUUCUCCAAAUUCUUCUCGUACUGGGCAUACGCAAGAAAGUCCAUAGGUUUGGAUCCUCGGCCGGCAAUCCUUUGUUCGAAGUCAGUACGCCUUCUCAUAAUCAUCGUGAUCUCUUUUCUGGUAAAGAGCUUCUUACGCUCAAGAUCC